AUUCACAGAGAGAAUAAGAAAGAGAUCACAUAGGCUUCGAGAGGGCAAUGGAGGUUUGGAAGAAAGACUUCAAGGUGGGGGAGUGCAAGGGCCAGAAGACCGUAGAUGGGGAGCAAAUACCUCUAGUGCUGCACCCACCCCAAGCCGACCGAGGAGACUUGGGCUCGCUGGUGGCGGCCCUCAAGGCCGACAAGGAGUGGUUCGAGGAGAUGCUGAUAAAGAACAGCGCCAUCCUCCUGAGGGGCUUCGACGUGCGCAACGCCGAGGACUUCAACGAGGUCGUGGAGGCGUUCGGGCGGGACGACAUCAGGUACGUAGGGCCUGCUCCGCGGACCCAUGUACACAAGCGGGUGUGGACUGCCAACGAGGGACCGCUCUCGGAGUUCAUAUACUACCACCACGAGAUGGUUCUGAUCAAGGAAUGCCCCAACCAGGUAAUACUCUUCUGCGAGGUGCCACCGCCGGAGGGUGGUCAGACACCCUUCGUGCCAAGCUUUCGAGUCGCAGAACGAAUGAUAGAAGAAUUCCCCGAGAACGUUAAGGAAAUGGAGGAGAAGGGAUUGAGGUACACAUUUACUGCCCUUAGUAAGGACGACACGUCUUCCAUGAGGGGAAGGGGAUGGGAGGAUGCCUUCGGCACAUCUGAUCGGAUCGAAGCUGAGAAAAGGGCCAAGGCGCUGGGGAUGGACAUGGAAUGGCUUCCUAAUGGCGGAGUGAAGACCGUAUUGGGCCCUCGCCCACUGACCCGUGUGUUCCCAGGGAGAAGAGGGAGAAGGAUGUGGUUCAACACCGUCGUGGGUAUGCAUGGGAAAGAGCUCAGCUCAGCCACGAUGGCCGACGGAUCAGAGAUACCAGCAGAUGUUGUGAAGAGGUGCGAGGAGAUCAUCGAGGAGGAGAGCAUCCAAUUCAAGUGGGAGAAGGGUGACAUACUCUUCUUGGACAACUUAGCCUUGCUUCAUGGGAGGAGGCCCUCUUUGCCACCUAGGAGGGUCCUCGUUGCAACCUGCAAGUGAUCAAGAACAGAAGGCAUGUGUUGUUGUUACGUUAAUUCUGAAUAAUUUGGUAGACCCUCCCAAAAAUAAAAAUAAGAAGGAUGCGUUAAGGUUGUGUUCUUUCCCUU